CUUCACACUGGAGAAACAUCAGAACGUCACCAUCUGUAUAUCCCAGGAGGAAAAAUGGGCUCCUCCGCAUCAAAACCUGCGCGGUCAGCCGCCAGCGCCGUCUCCCGACGCCAAUACCCCAAACAGCCCUCCGCAGCGUCCAGGACGGCACCACAAGUUCCUCCGCGCGAACCAAACCUCUCACAGCCACUCCAAGCUCAAUCGCAAGCUCCCUCUCUUCCCAAGGAACAAGCUUCCACAACAAAAUCAGCGGUCAUCGACCUCGACGGCCGCGACCCCGACUUCGCCGCUUCCCUCCGCUCCAUCGGCCCGUCACCCCCAACCCUACCUUCUCGCCCCGUCUUUCCGACAGCGGCGAAUCCGGCGCUUUUGGUGCUCACUGCGCGGCAGACGGCUGCUAAGGCUGCGCAGGAGGAGGCGGAGCAGAUUGGGCGGCCGGGGUUUGCGGGGCGGGAGUUUGUGGAUGCGUGGACGAUUAGGCAGGCGUUGACGAUGCGGGAUCGGCAGGGUUUGAGUCUGGGGGAGAUUGAGGGGAUGUUGAAGUUGAAGAAGGGGGUUUUGGGACGGUUGGGAGCGAAGGGGGUUGUAGGCGAGGUUGGUUGA